AUGGAGUUAUGUCAACUGGCCAAUGGGACCACAGUGAAGGAAUUCAUUUUGCUAGGCUUUGGAGUUGGGCAACAGGUGCGGUUCCUGCUUCUUAUCUUUUUUAUCAUUCUGUACAUGCUCACUUUGGCUGAGAACAUCACUAUCGUUACAGUGGUGCUGCUGGACAGUCACUUGACCCGACUUCCCAUGUACAUCCUCCUGAGCAACUUCUCCUGGCUAGAGAUGUGUUAUGUGACGACCACAGUGCCCCGGAUGCUUUUUGACUUGAUAUACCCUCAAGGAAUCAUCUCCUUCCACUCCUGCUUCUUUCAGUUCUACAUCUUCUUCUCACUUGGAAGCACUGAAUGCUUCUUCCUGUCAACCAUGUCCUUGGACAGGUACUUGGCCAUCUGCCACCCUCUUCGCUAUCCACAAAUUAUGUCUCCAAGUUCUUGCUAUAUUCUGGUGGUUGUUUGUUGGGUCCUUGGCUUCCUAUGGUUCCUUAUCCCUGUGAUUUUGAUCUCCAAGUUGUCCUUCUGUGGCCCCAAAAUCAUAAAUCACUUCCUGUGUGAUCCUGAGCCGAUUCUGUCUCUUGCCUGCCCUCCACUAGGAAUUACUCCCAGUGUCUGCCAAAUGUUCAUGAAUGGAUUGGUUUUUGUCAAUGUCGUCUUCGUUUUGCUAUCUUAUGGUGUUGUGAUUCUCACCUUAAUGAAACCUUCCUUCCAAGGUAGUCGUAAGAAGUCUUUCUCCACUCUAUCUUUCCAUCUGUUGGUGGUGACACUUUUCUAUGGCUCUGUGGCAGGGAUGUACUUAGCUCCAGGUGGAGGAAGUCCUUCAGAGGUCACAAAAGUUGUCACCGUCUUCUACACUGCUGUUACACCCUUUCUCAACCCUAUGAUUUAUUGUCUGAGGAAUGAUCAGGUGAAGGAGGCCCUGGGAAGGUUGUGGAAAAGAAGGGAGAAAUUACUGAGGAGCAAAGUGACAACAUAA